GGCUUACUAAAUCAACCGAGUCACGAAGAUUGGCUUAAAUUUUGAAUACGACAUCGUAUGAUCUCAUUUCGAGUUGCAAUGGGUAUUGGGUUGGGUUGAAGUUGAGAGCUGCUCUCUCCCUCGCGUAAGAGGUUCUUCACGUCAAAACUCCAAUGUCCCCUUUUUCUUCCAUUAAUCUGCUUCUUUGAGCUUGGAUUUUGGCUGGCUCCUUUGGGGUGUUAACUCUGCAACUUUUAAGCUAUUUUUUGGGAUUUUUGGACUGGUUUUAGCUACGAACACAGUCGGCGUUACUGUUCACGACGCAAGGUCAACGCCCCUAUUUCGGUUUCCUCCUGUCCAAUCUCCUCCUGAUAGGUGUUAUUGGGCUCCCCUAGAUGUGUGGAUCAAGCAUAUACACUCUUUUCAACCAUCAAGAAGAGCCGAUUUCCUGAGUUCGCUGAUUGUUAACGAGUGCGAGGAAGUAGUCGACAGUGCGCAGCUUCAACACUCUUCUGCGGAACUGAUGGUAUUACGCAGCUUCCUAAACCUGGCCGAAGAGGAGGUAGCUCGACAUUGAUUUCUGCUUUACGAAGUACUGUUCAUCGUCACUUUUCUUACAUGGCGAGAAAGAAACAGGGGGGAGGUGAGGAAUCUUCCUCCAGAAUUACCAGGUCUGCAGCUAGUUUCAACGUGUUACAAGAUUUGGAUGAUGAUUUGGAUGAUUUCCCUAUCCUGAACUCUGGGAUUUUAGGAAAGAAGCAGGCAGUAGAUGCGCAACAGAGAAUUGGGUCAACUGGACCUGGGACUGUUGUGAAGGAUAUGCCAGUUCACCCUCCUGUGAAUAAAAAACAAAGUGUGAAGACUAUGGUAGUACCAGGGAGUUCUGUGAAGGUUGAUCUGCCGAAGGUCCUUACUGGAAACAUUGUGGUUCCAGUAGCUGCUGAUCCUGCUGUUACCAAAGUAAUUGCUGGGAAUCCUGAUAGUAACUUUGGGGCUAUUACUAUGAAUGAAAACACUAAGAAGCCAUGGAGUACACUCUUUAAGGAUAAUCGAGCCCCAUCUCAUGGGAUCAAACUGAAAUUUGUCCCUCCUAAGGGUAAUUUUCUGGACCUCUCUAACAGAGUUAUGCCUUCCAUGGUGGACAUGUGGGGGUACUGUCUUGUGGGCUGUUUCACGGGUCGCUUCCCCGGCCUAAAAGCGAUCCAUGAACUGAAAUUCAAGUGGGGUGUAAAAUGCCAAAUCAGGUCACAUGAUAAAGGUUGGGUGAUUUUUAAAUUCCAAACGGAUGCGGACAGAAUGAAAGUACUAAAUGAGGGACCUUACACCAUCUUCGGCAAGCUACUCAUGUUGAAGGUUUUAUCGGAAGACUUCACGUUUGACGAUGAAGAGUUCCUUAAAGUGCCGAUUUGGGUUAAAUUCCCACACCUACCGAUGAAACUAUGGAAUAAAGAUGCCAUGAGUGAAGUUGCCUCUAUGGUAGGGGUGCCACUUACUACCGACUUGAUCACCCAAGAGAGGAGCAAUCAUAACUUUGCUAGGGUGCUUAUUGAAGUUGAUGUGUCCAAACCGCCCCCACUUUCAUUUCCUAUCCGAUUACCUUCACAUAAGGUAAUCAAACAAUUGGUGGUUUAUGAAACUUUCCCAAAUUUCUGUUUCCAUUGCAAAGAAUAUGGGCAUAACCCGUUCAUUUGUAAAAAACUACAUGAGAAGGAAGUGAAGGAAAAAAAUGAUUUUGAAGAAAAAGAUGUUUAUGCCGCUACAUCCCAAGUGAUAGUGACCAAUGAAGAGAAAACUAAGGAAGUGAAGAUAGGUGAGUUAAAGAUGGGGGAAUUAAUUGAGAGUUUGGAAACUGUACUUAGGGAGGAGGAAGCCAGGACUGCAGUAUCUAUGACGGAACUUGAUGUGCCGGAUUCCCAAACGGAAAAUGCUACUGCCAAACCGGCUGCUACACUUCUGCCAACUUCCAUUUCAGGUGAGGAGAAAUCGAGUAAGAUGGAUGAGGUUCAUCUUGACUCGGAUACGGAUGAGAAGGGUGAUACUACUGAUUCUGAAAACCAGUAUCAGACUGAAGAGGAACCGGAUCAGGAACACCAUUUCAAGAAAACCACCAAAAAAAGUAGGCGGAGAAAGGGUGAGACAGAUGAGAAGUACAAAAGACGGCUUGGAAGAAUGAUUGGAAGAAAGAUAAAAUAGUUCUUGGAAGGGGAAACUAUAGAUUCCUUAGAUGGACUGGACUUUUAUUUAAUUAGUGAUUUGUGAAGUGGGGUUUGUCCCAUUAUCUUGAUGCAUUAUAUCUAGGUUAGUUUAUUCUAGCUUAGAUAGUCAUUUUGAUUUGGAUUGAUGCAUUGUAAAAUGCUAUUUUUUCGGUUUCUAAUAUACUUACAUAUUAUCGUCGAGUUGCAAUGGGUUCCCUAUGAAAAAUACACAAUUCUCGUUCACGACUCAAGUCCAAAUUAUGAAUAGAAAAAGACAUACAACUUUUUAGUGUUUUCAGGCUUACUAAAUCA